CAGUGGGUGCGCCCACUGCUUCUCGGGAUGCUUGAGCAGUGCCCUGAGGAGGCAGUCAGGCUGCUGCUGGACACUGCUCCACCAGGAGACAGCUCUGGCCUGGAAAUGUGGGAGAUGAUGUUAUCCACGCCCCUGGCUGUGGAUCUGGUUUUGGUGCAGCUGUUCAAGCAGCUCCAGCAGAGGAAGCAGAAGAUGCUCUUCUGCACUCUCAUGGAGGACACUUCUUGCUUGGCUCUUCUGGCCAGCAUUUACUUGCCAGGGGAGCACUUUGCCAGAACCUAUGAGUUCUGGAGGUUUCUGAGGCAUCAGAGCCAGGACAUGCUCUCCGUGGCGCUCAGCGGCAUUGCUACGCUGUCCGGGAUUCCUGAGAUGGGGAGGAAAAUGAAGGUGCUGCUGCCAGACUUGCUGGAGGUCCUGGAGCAGGGCAAUGAGCAUGUUCAGUUGAAGGCCCUGAGAGUCUGCAGGAAUGUGCUGAGGGAACUGAGGAGGGAGGAGGUCAUCCCCAUGGCUGUGGAACUGCUGGACAAGCUCCUGCCCCUCUUUGACAAUGAGCUGUUUAGCGAGCUGAGGGAGAUCUCCAUCAGCCUCUUCACUGAGCUGCUGAAAAAGGUGGCGGGGAAGUGCAAGAGGCAGAUGAAGAAGCGAGUGCGACGGGGGCUGCUCCCACUCUUUUUUCACAUGAGUGACGACACCCGGAGUGUGGCCGAGGCCUCCAGCCAAGCCCUCCUUGCUGCCGCAGAGCUCCUCAAAUGGCAACAGCUCCAAGACCUGGUGAAAACAGAGCAGACGUGGAGGAUUGGAGAGUGCUUGCUGCUGCAGGACAGGACCAGGGCUGACGACUACUUGGAUCAGAGCCAGGGGUACCUGGAUAACGCUCAGGACACCCUGAGGAUGGAGGCCAUCAGGUUCAUCGGGCUUGCUGCACGGGGCCAAAGCCAGCAGAAGCUGUCAGAGAUGAUGAGCACACUUUAUCCCCUGGAGCACGACUGCACACCAUCCAUCAGGUGCCUGGCAACUCAGACCAUUUCCAUCCUGAGCACUCUAAGGGUGAAGGCAGAACGGAGAAGAACCAAGAGACCUUGGUGCUGCUGAGCCCAGCUGAGCUGCAGCUCUUCCCUGGGAACAAUCCUGUGCUGCCUCCAGCUCCUGGCUGCUGCUGUUGACCCCAGGAAUCCAGCCUUGACCUUCCCAGCGCUGCUCUGCAGCCUUGGUCAGGAUGUGAGAUUUAGUGGGGGAAAAGAGGGAGCAUCAAGUUGAAUCAAUUUUCCUGUAUAUUUGUAUAUAUUGUAUAUAGUUAGUAAUUU